GGAUCUCCCUUACUGUUGAUCGUCACUGAGCUUCUUUUGGCUUUGAUUUUACAUUCUUCAAUGGCGGGAAUUAUAUACCAAAUCUUAGCCUCCUCCACGCUUCUCUCUCUGGGUCUUUACCAUCUAAUCUGCACCGUCCGUAACUUCCUCAAAUCCCCACAAAGCUACUCCGCCAAGCCCUUUUACCCUUUCCCUUUCUCCCCCAAUCUCCGCCUCAAGCACCUUCCUCUCUAUCUCCUCAUCCUCUGCCUUUUCAUCGCUUUCCUCCACCAAUCCAUCACCUCCUCCGACCCCGACCCCCUCGUCAAAGGCCGCACCCCCGUUUACCGCUUCGUUACCCUCAACUCCGCCGCCGUUUUGUUCCUCUUCUUUCUCGUUUCGGUUUCGUUUCUGAUCUCCGAGACUACGUCGUUUCUUCCUUUCCCUCCUGAUCUCUUCUUCGCCUUUGGGUCGGCUCUUUUCUUCCUCCAUUACUCCGUUUCCGAAUCCGCUUCUUCUGUUCAGACGUCUGAUCUACAGGCCAAAUGCGAUUCCAUUUCCGCCCGCGUCUCUGCUUUGGCUUCGUUGAUGAGUUUGAUUUUAGCUUGUCAACCCAAGCUUUUUGUGGCGGAGGUGGGCCUGGGGGCGGCGAUUUGCUUGCAGGGGCUUUGGGUUUUGCAAACCGGGCUCUCGCUCUACGUGGAUGCGUUUAUACCCGAAGGUUGUCAUAAGCUGCUUGAUGUUGUGAGUGGCGUCGAGGGAUCCACCAAGUGCGAGCUCGACGAGUCGCGGCUCAGGGCUGUGGCGAUUCUGGAUCUAGUGUUCGUUGUUCACGUUAUGUUUGUUGUCAUCAUUGUGAUGGUCACUUACGCACUUGUUGCCAAGACUGUUGGCACGAGGAAACUGGGAUCGUAUGAGGCCUUGCCUUCCAAUGCUGCUGAUAAUAAUCAUAUUCAGAUGAAGGCUUUGACUGGCACCCAAGCUUGAUCCGUUUUCUAUUUUUCUAACUCUCCGCUCUAUCUUUUUUUUUCCUUCUUUCUAAUGAAUUGUCAGUUUGAUUAAGCAUGUCAAAGUUUUGAACUAUGUAAUCGGUGGCCACUUUUUGUGUAUACAAGCUAUUUCCAUCUUUCUCUACUUUAUGAGUUUGCUGGUAGACAUUUUCACUUCA